AGCUUUCUUUAAAUUCUAACAUUACUUCCCGCAUAAAACUGGGACUACUAAAAACAAAAUGGUGGGGUACACAGUUCCAUGAAGACCCCCAUACUCCACCGUGGGCAGGUGUAAGGCGUGAAACAGUAGUAUGAAAACAUGGUCUACAGAGACAAACUAGGUCAGAUUUGUGGCUUUCUAAACAUUGAAGACGAGGAGAACAGUGGCAGUUUCAUUCGGCGCUAUUUUGUCCUUAAACACAGUAGUGCACGACUUGUGUAUUACCAGGAUAACCCAAUUAAUCUUCUUCCUGCAUGGAACACUCCAGUUGGUGAAAUUUCAUUGCAGUAUAUAUCAAUGGUUAGCGAUGCCAAACAGAUAAGACCACAUGUUAAUUCUUGUUUCGUUAUAAAUGUUUCUGGUCGUCGAUACUUUUUGGAAGCCGAGAAUGAACAGGACAAGCUACAGUGGAUGGAAGAGCUGAUAAAUGCCAGUAAAAUAACUGUGCCUCAGUCUGGAGUGAAGUCUGUGAAAAGUACGGAGUGGGUGGCAGGCGAUAUCAGUCAACACAGCUAUGUGACGGACAUUGCCGGUGGUGUCGUUCUCAAAAUGCCAAUUCAGCACACUGAGGAAUGUUCUGCCGGAAGUAGCGGUGAGGCUGAGGCAAGUCCUACUGCAUCUUGUAUGAAACCACAGCCACCUUCUCCUCAACAAGCAUGUGGAGAUCGCCUGGCCUGGCCAGACGCAACCGUCUUAUCAGACGAUACAGUCGUCAAGUCGGGAUAUGGUGUCAAGCAGGGGGCUUUGAGAAAAAGUUGGAAGAGGCGAUUUUUUGUUUUGCAAGAAAAUCAGUUUUCAUAUUAUAAAUCUGAAAAUGACCAACAUCCAAUUCGUUCAAUCCCAACAAGUGAUAUUUUAGAAGCAAAUAUUUCAACAAGUGGCCAUCCUAACAGGGAAAACUUGUUUGAAUUCGUUACAACCAAAAGAACAUUUUAUAUACAAUGUGAUAGCCCAGAGGAGAUGCACAGCUGGAUAGGACAAAUUAGAGCACUGAUAUCCAGCAGAAAGCCUCCAUCAUCAGUGCCUGUGCCUCACUCGUGUGACGUCAGUGUGGCUUCGAAGACUGUGUGGGCCUUAAAAAAGACAGUCCAGUCCCUUACGUCCAUGCAUUAGAUCAGCCGACUUCCCGUUCUGCAUUAAAACCUUACCAAAGAGAACUGAAAAUAGACAAAUGAGAUGAAUAGUAAAAUAUCACAGUUACAGAGUACGCUGUCGUCACUUCAGUAUUCAGAAAACAUAUUUAUUGUUGUUGUUUUUUAAACGGGGUGGGGAAGGGAAAGUGCAUCUGGGUAUGGUGAAUUUUAAAAAUGGGGUAAGGAACUCGGAAUGUGUAAAUAUCGUGGAAUGGGAGGAGGGUAUCAGAGAUCUGGAGUGGCUGGAAGAAAUAUUUAUAACAACAUUAUCUACUAGCGGAAACACAUUCCUGUGCACCAAAUGAAUGUAUACAGAAUUGCAUUCCCUUGAAUUCUGGUCAUGAAAAUGUCAGAAAAUUAUUGUGUAAUAGCCAUUCCCUUCGAUAUUCCAGAGGUGUUCUGUCAGUUGCUUGCACUAUUCAUGUUUUAUGCGCACAGCUUGCCUUAUGCGCAUUUCGGGUCACGUGCUCUUGUUUGACAGCAGUUUUCUUAUUAGACAGCAAAAUGACUGUAUAGCUUCUCAUCACUCAGAAAAACUAUUUGAGUGGUAUCUGAUUGUCGACAACGUGAUGUCACGCCUCUCGGAAAAUGUUCAUCUUUGAGCGAUUGGUAUGCUUAAAAUUGGAAUGGUACAAAACAUUGUUGUUAAACGUUGUGGUGUUCAUUAGUGCUCAUCUAACUGACUGUGGUUUCUGCGGAGAUGUUAUCAACGGUUAGGAGUGCUAGAUAUCUUCUGUAUUUAAUAAACCUGCGUGUAACGUCACGUUUGUAAAAUGCUUGUACCAGACUAGUACACCUACGAAAUCAUUUGGAAACAAGUCUGACAUCCCGAAACAUCCACUUAGUUAGUGGAAAAACUACGCGUGGUAACUGUUUUUACCACGACUGUUCAGCAAUACGUUGUCCUGUUACGUGACCGACAACACACCAAGCAUGGUGUAGACUACACGUUUAGGUUCAGAAGACACCAUUGGUUCACCGUACUUUUACAUGUAUUGCAAAUAAAAGGUUUUGAGUUAAUCUAAAAUAUAAGUAUUACUGAGAGUUUAAUGAUGCACAGGAAUUUUUGUCCGUUAGUAUAUAAUGUCAAUACAAAUUUCCCCAGAUUAAUGCUGUCAUUCGCAAUUUUGUGUUAUAUGUUGUGUGCGUGCAUAAUAUUAAUUUUUUAAAGUAAAACCUUUGUGGUGGGGUUUUUUUUUUUUUUUUUUUGUAAAAAGGCAUGGAAUUUUUAAUAAAUAAAGUUGUGAUAUCUACUAA